ACGAUCUUUGUUCCAAACAUGGCGGCGCGCGUGUGAAUGUCAUGCUACAUUACUCCACUGCUCGAAUCAGGUUUUUAAAGGUGCAUCUGGUGAAAAGUUUGAUCUCGCGUGCUUUCACAAAUUGUGUGGAUUUGUUCUUUCACCCACCUCGGAUAGUCACAAGUUACUAAACCCCAAAUAUUCUGUAUUUCGCAGCAGAUAAACUCAUGAUAGCAUAUUAGCUAACCAGAAAACUACUGCGAUGGAUCACGAUCAACAGCUGAGAAAUCUACGAGAUUUCCUCUUGGUUUACAACCGCAUGACUGAAAUCUGCUUUCAACGAUGUUCAAGCAACUUCAACUACAGAAAUCUCACCAUGGACGAGGAGCAAUGUGUAGAUAGCUGUGCAGGGAAGCUGAUUCGCUCUAACCAUCGCUUGAUGAGCACCUAUGUGCAGCUGAUGCCUCGGAUGGUGCAGCGCCGGAUGGAGGAGAUGGAAAGCAAGGCUGCAGAGAAUGCCAAGGCAGCAGAAGCAGCGGCAACAUCUGGAGCUGUUGACACUGCAACCUUAAAUGCUUCACCAGCAUUUGAAACCCCCAUUACCUCACUUCAACCUCCACAGCUGCCUCCCUCAGUGACUGAAGUUGCACCAGAGAUCCAUGACUCAGUUUUAAAAUCAGCAGGAUUAGCUAUUCCGCCUGACACAACUGCCACAGAGGUGAAACUAUCAGCUGCAACACCACUCACACCUAAAACUGAAAGUUUAAACAUUCCAGUGCUUAACGAAGCUGGACCUUUACAUACAGCAGGAUUUCCUGAAUCAGGUGUACAGAUAGAUUUCGGUAGCCCCAAACCAGCAUCCUCACCAGAGAAUGUGUUGAUAGCAGCAACUUCAGCAUCUGUAUCAGAAGGCAUGGCGAGUCAGGACAGACCCUCUGAGGUUCCCCCACCAUCAAGCCAGUAAUGGUGUUGGUCAAACUGUGGUAUCUGGUCACAACUCCAAACAAACAACUUCAUUUGAUGACUAACCUGAUAGUGGUAACUUAAACGUGCAUAUCAUCUUGAUAAGCAUUCUGGCUUCUGCCUCCAGAUAUAAGUUUAUACUCCUUUUCCCUGUUUUCCUAUUUUAAAUUGUCUUUUGAGGCAUUUCCUGACAACCACAAAAACUCAAGUUAUCACUUUUAACUUGUACUGGGCAUCUUUAUUUUAUUUGUUGCUGUUUUUUGUAACAUUCUAAAUAAAUUCAUUAGAAUCAUUAAUGAAAUAUGAUAUAAGGACGUGUCGAUGUACAAUAAACCGCUGUAGCAUGUAAAAUAAAAACAUUGUCACUGGCA